AUAUGUAAAUUUGGGGUGCACCCGAAUUGUUUAGGGGCAGCACGAACUUUUGAGAAGAAGAGAAUCUGAAAUUAAAAUAUAGAAAGAAUCGGCAAAUAAAUAAAAAUAGUUGAUGCAAGAUCGAAACGAGCAGCUAUAAAAAGUAGGUCGUUAACACAACCGGUGUGUGUCAUUAUCAUCAUCAUCAACGAUUCACCAUCGCCAUGUCUCUCACUAAAAACCUGCGGUGCGCGGCGCUCGCGUUUCUGGCACCUCUCCCUUCCAUCCUCUUCUUCGUCUCCUUCCUCCGGCACUACGCCGCGGCGGGAUCGGCGGAGUCUCUCCCCCCUCCGUGGGCGUGGUGCUAUCACCACCCCAUUCUGCUAGCAAAUCUCCUCUUCUUCCUCAACAUCAACCUUCUCUUCUGGGCUCUCGCUCUCCUCCAAUCAAGCAAUUGGUUGAUCGACCUGUACUGGACGGUGAUACCGGUGUUGAUGCUUCACUACUACAAGAAGCACCCGGCGGCGGAGUGGAACGGGUGGCGGUCGGGAAUGGCGGUGGUUCUGACGUGGGUUUGGUUCGUGAGGAUGACGCACAACUACUUGCGGCGGGAGAAAUGGCAGUGGGGAGAGCGGGAAGACUGGAGAAUCAACGACAUGCGCACGCAAUAUGGUCAAAACUUUUGGUGGGUCUCUUUCUUCACCGUCUACAUUGCUCAGCAGGCGUUUCUGAUGGCAAUAUGCAUGCCAUUCUACGUGAUCCACUCAAACCAAAAGCAACUGAGUAUUUGGGACGCAGUCGCGGCGGCGGCGUGCAUGGCCGGAGUUACAAUUGCAUAUUUCGCCGACACACAGCUCCACAACUUCGUCGGUCGAAACGAGAGGCUGAAGAAGGGCGGCGAAGCAGUGGUGCCCGUUCUCGAUGAAGGGCUGUGGCGCUACUCCCGCCACCCCAACUACUUCGGCGAGCAGUUGUGGUGGUCGGGAGUGGCCAUUUUCGCUUGGAAUUUGGAUUAUAGUUGGUGGUUCAUUGGGCCGUUGGUGAAUAGCGUGUGCUUGGGCAUCGUCACCCUUCUCGUUGAGGAGCGGAUGUCGAAGCAGGACUAUAGGGCCAAAGCCUACAAGGAGUAUCAGAAAACGACGUCGUUUUGGGUACCGUGGUUCAACACAUCCGGCUAUAAGGAGACAUGAUCAACGCCUCUCGUCUCUCGUGUCCCUUGGCACAAUCAAUGUUCAUAUUUGCUCUCGCAUGAUUUUCUCUUAUGCUUUCAAGAUUGAUUAAGUGUUUCGUUCGUAUUGGGGUGGAAUGAAUGUGUUGUGGUUCAGGUGUUUCUUCCUAAAUAUUACAAUGAUGUAUAAAGAUGUUGAAAACCCAACUUGAUCGCCAUUGAUGUGAAGUAAGCUUUCCCGGCCCAAGAUAUUUGCGACGAAAACAUGCUUGAGGAAAAAGUUUUAUA